AUGCCAGACGAAAGGUUACUCAUGCAAUCAAUGAAUAAUACACAAGCCUCAUUUCCUUCGAUCACUUGUAUUCAUCAUGAGUUUGUUAAUCAAGCAAUCAAACAUCCACAAAAACUAGCUGUUGAACUAGAUGAACAAUCAUUGACAUAUUGUGAACUUCUAUGUUAUGUUCAGAUACUAUCCUUAACUCUUGUCAAUGAAUAUCAUGUUACUCCAGGUGAAAUAGUUUGUCAAUGUGUUGAGAGAAGUUUGUCAAUGGUGAUUGGUAUUAUGGCAAUUGAGGUGGUUGGUGGUGUUUAUUGUCCAUUGUCACCUCGAGAUCCGCAACAUCGUUUGUAUGCACUUAUACAACAAACACGAAGUCGUCUUGUUCUUGUUCAUUGGUUAACAAAAAUGAAAUUUAAUAAUGAUAUUCUUUUGAUUGACAUUCGACCAAUGUUGUUGAAUAAUGAGGCAAAGAGUGAUGUUAAUGUUGAUUGGCUAUCAAGUAUUACAGUCACACCUAAUAAUAUUGCUUAUAUUAUUUUCACAAGUGGUUCAACUGGAAUACCAAAAGCGGUAUGUUGAUAUUUGAAUUUCUGCAUCAAUUUUUAUUGCUCAAUAUUUUGACAGAUUCAGGCGCGUCAUGAAAAUCUCAUUCAUUGCAUGAACUCAUUAGUGAGGAUCAACGUAUUGAACAAAGAUGAUAAUGUCGUUCAGAUCGCACGAUGUUCAUUUGAUAUUCAUGUUCAAGAAAUAUUUGGAGCUUUAAUGCAGGGAGCUACAUUGGUUAUGCUUCAUCCAAGGGGAACAAUCGAUUUUGACUAUCUCUCCAAUAUCGUGCAAAUGAAACAAAUUACAUAUAUACUCAUGGUUCCAAGUCUACUUCGAAGCUUUUUCACACUUGCCGCACAGUCUGACAAGACGGCUGUUUCAAAAUAUUUUCGAUCACUAUGUACUGGCGGUGAGUAGUUUAGAAAUGAGCUUUAGCAUGUUGUUCUGUUUCAUCUCUCUUUGUAGGCGAAUCAGUCUCUGUGCAGUUAAGCACUCUAAUCGCAAAUAACAGUGUGUCAGAGUAUAAUGUAUGGAAUUACUACGGUCCUGCGGAGAUAACAAUCUCUUGUACACUUCAUCUUAUUGAUAUUAAAGCUAAUCCUAAAAGCAUUCCAAUUGGUAGAUCACUUCCUAAC